AUUUCUUUGAUGGUUUUCAUUGUCUUCUAUUACCUGUUCCGUCUUACCACCUAAAUUAAAUAAACAAUUUAACUACUCAACGCGACACAGUGAUGAAUCAUGCAGAUGCGAGUGGCGCUGGAGCCCUCGUUUGGUAAUUUGAACGGGAAACCAGAUCAAAUGAACGCAAAAUCCGUGGCGAACCACUGGAGUGAAUUAUUUUUAGUGAGCUGAACGUGGAUUGUGACAAUGAAAAAUUGAGGAAUAGUGUUUACAUUCAUUUUAUAAUUUAUUUUAAAGUUAUCUUUUUUAUCUCGAAAAAGGAGAGGCGUAUGAAAGUUUCUUUACACAGUGCAAACACAUAUAAAUUUCUAAUUAUGUAUAAUGUACCACAAAAGUUUCGUCAAGUUUGUCGAUUGUGCCUCACAUUGGUUAACGAGCGCGAUGUUGCAGAACUACAAAUUUACGAUGUUUUAUCGCAAAAUAGUGCCCAAGACAGAAAUUCGGCCGAGUUCCGCAGAGACGAAAAGCGUGCUGGCGCCCCGAGCCCCAAUCUGUGCAGCUGCAUCGGUGAUAACUCGCUAUCAGUAUCCGUAGUGCUGACCAAUAACGAAACGGUUACGGGUCCAAGCCAACCUAAAUCGCAGUCCCUUCUUUCCCUAAAUCAAACGCAUUACACACCAAGUGUGCCUUCUGCUGCGGACACAAAGUCGAGUGAACGCGAACGCCAAUGCCAAUUGGAGUCGGACAUCGCCGAAAGAUCAGUAUUCAAAAGUCAGUCAUCGUCAUCGUCGACGCAACAACAACACCAACAGCAACACCAACACCAACAAAACAUUGCAUGUGGGGAGGCCCAUUCCCAUUCCCAAUCCAAAUCGAAACUCCCGCGGGAAGAACUUCCAGUUCCAGUACAUAAUCAUAAUCAACGCGAAGACACAAGAGUGAAUAUAACAAAAAUAAGCGGAACCGAUAACUACGGCCAAGAGCACGGCAGAGAUGAUUCAUCACCACAUCUUACAUUUCAGAUAUUCAACUGUCUCUCUAUUAAGGUACUGCCGAACGACGAAUUACCCAGCGUGAUUUGCGGUGACUGCAGACAAAAAUUGGAUUCGUUUGAAAAAUUUCGUACCAUGGCGCACAACUCACAAAUAGCUUUGAAAGAAUUUUUGAACUUAUCAAAAAAUCAGAAACUGGACGCAAAUGAUUUGGAAAUUAAGCUUGAUGCAAUUUUGAAGGCUUCAUCAGAGGCUAUAGCGGCGAAGGCUCUGACGGAGCUAAGCACGUUCUCUAAAGUUAAGUACGACCACAGUAAAAUAGAUUCCAGCAUCCAGCCCGGUUUGGAUCGGAAAAUCGAGAUUAGCAAUCAAGAAGAUAAGUUGCUUAUGCCACAUAGCUUAUAUCCAAGUUUAUUCAAAUCAAUUAAUAUAAAAAGCGAUCAAAAAAAUAUAAUGCCUGGAUCCUCACACAGUCAGUUUGAUUCAAAACUGGGGAAGGACUCGGAAAUCGAGAAAUAUGAAAAUCUACAGCAGCAGCUUGAAACAGCUGCUGUUCUAAUGGAUAUAAGCAAAAAGAUUGUAAUUUCCCCUCCAUGCUCGAAUCCCCAAUCUCCGUGCUUUUCUGCAGCUGUAGAUACAAGUAUUAAAAGUUCUGUGAUAAAAUCAAAACGUCCAUUAAACCAAAAUGAAAUUCAGGACGGAGUUGAAAUUGACUUAUCCGUCAAAAAACAAAAGAACGAUUACUCUAAUCAACGGAACUCGGCCCCAAUACACAAUUUUUGCCAAACUCCAAUGCUUGAUAUUCAGUCACACUUAAGAAGUGAAGAGGAUUUUCAAAACUACAGUAUUACCAUUAACCAAGUUGGUGGGUCCGACUACAAAUCGAAGGCUCCGAAGGCCAGCACCGGCUCCUUACUAGACUCUGGCGACAGCUCCGACUCUCACAAACUGGAGAUGGACAUCACCUCCUCAAUUAACGAUAGAAAGACCCCGGAUAGCCUUAGCUCGGAUCACGCCACGGACGCGGCAACUACUCAGCUCUGGCAGGCACUGGCCCGAUCAGCCGCUAAAAGCAAAGAGGAAAAUCAGGCAACACAAAUAAUCCGUAGCAUGAUGAGCCAGUCUUUUGUGUUUCCGGUUCCGUCGACAGUAUCAUUUACAAAAGUACCUGAAGAACCCAUAGCACUAUUAAAGGAUCUAUCAGAGGCUCAAUCCAGCAAAUCAAAACCAUGUAGAAGAAAACAAAGUUUUCCUACCAAAACUGAUUGCAUCGAUGUAGUUAAUGAGAAUGUGACUGAUACCUAUACCACUUCAGAAGCAGCUCCGGAGGAAAAGAAAGAUAAGAGGAACAUUAACCUUUUUAAUGCCAUACCUGGUGCUCAAAAAGAUAUGUCAUGUUCGAAUUGUGGCACCCUCACCACAACAAUUUGGAGGCGAAGUGUUCGAGGAGAAAUGGUUUGCAACGCCUGUGGGUUGUAUUUCAAGCUGCAUGGGGUCAACAGGCCGCAUUCUAUGAGACGCGAUACCAUACACACCAGACGCAGGCGUCCUAAAGAAUUGGAGCGAUCUAAAAAAAAACACAAGCAAAUGUCAGCAUGUUCUUCAAUGGAACCAACGAAACCAGAAUUCUUGACGUCUAGGGAACCCCUUGAUAUUUCUGGCUUGGUUUUAACUAAAUACAAAAAGGAAAUUGAUGACUCAGAAACCGCAGCAGCACUUAAAGAUAUUUUAUUAAGGCGGAAGAAGUCAAAUUCUAUGCCGGCGUUUAAUGAUACCUGUGAAAGUGCGGACCUAUCCGCACCGCUUAACCUUGUUUCCAGUGAAAAUAAUGCAAAGUUAACAUAAAACGCCAAAUAUAUUCCCCUACUCACUUUUCAAAAAACAAAUCUUUAACACACAUUUUGUUUAUUUAUGAGGUCGCAUAAGAGAAAAGAAACAAAAGGUAUAGGAUUAAAAAUACGUAUAGAUUAUUAAUAAAAAAUUUCAUUCUUUAAAACUACAUUUUAUUCAUUUGUAUCUUUAAAAACUAAUACCAAAAUACUUAUUAGUGUAGAAGAGGUAUACAAAUUGAACCAGUAUGUCAAAACUUUUUAAUAAUAUCACACUAAACAUAGACCUUAAGAAAGGACAUCAUUACUUAAUGCAAUUAAAUUAAAAAUAAAAUUUAUUAUAUUUAUAUUUAUUAAACCAUUUUACAGUAUUUUUAAUUUUUUAAUAACACAAAUUGCUUCUAUUAAAAUGAAAAGUUCAGUUUUAACAAUGAUUUUUCAGCUGUCUUUGCAAUUGAACAACUUAUAAAGCUAAAAAAUAAAUAAUGUUUUAAAUCUCUUGCCUAUACGAAAAUCAUGUGAUAAUAUAAUAAUCUCCACAAAACAUUUUAAUAGUAAAACUAUGCAAAAAGCAAUAAUCACGCAAUGCAAACUUUUCAAGGAAAUAUUUAAAUUAUAUACAAUUAUAAGAAACUAAAAACUUAAUGCUGUUUUCGAAUCUACAUAAAUCGUCUAAAUAAAAUAAGGACUUCAUAUUAGGCUAAGAUACAAAAAUAUUACUCAUUUAUUUUUUCAAAUAAAAUACUCUAUACAAUUUUUAACAAUCACAAUAAACUGGUUAAUGUAAAAUGUAAAUCAAAAA